AUGGGCCUUCAAGAAUACCAAGUCGUUGGUCGCCACCUCCCCACGGAGGCUGACCCUACGCCUAAAAUCUACCGUAUGAGGAUCUUUGCUCCCAAUGAAGUUGUUGCCAAGUCGAGGUUUUGGUAUUUCUUAAGGCAAUUGAAAAAGGUCAAGAAGGCCAGCGGAGAGAUCAUCGGCGUCAACGUUAUUCAUGAAAAACGACCCUUGAAGGUGAAGAACUUCGGUAUCUGGCUCCGCUACGACUCUCGUUCCGGUACACACAACAUGUACAAGGAGUAUCGAGAGCUGACUCGCGCUGAUGCUGUGAAGAGCAUGUACCAAGACAUGGCUGCUCGUCACCGGGCCAGGUUCCGGUCGAUUCAUAUCCUCCGUGUCGUCGAAAUCGAAAAGACGGACGACGUACGCAGGCCUUACAUCAAACAACUGUUGACGCCCAACUUGAAAUUCCCGCUUCCUCACCGUGUAACGAAGGCUCGUUCGACGUUUGUCGCUCGUCGUCCUGCCACUUUCUAA